AUGAAGCCAUAUUCUGCAAGGAACAAGGUUCCUACAAUCCAAAAGCUCGGGAAAGAGCUUGCAGAACGACUCAACAUCCAAAAUGCCGAUGCAUCAAAAGCAGCAGCAGGAAAGGAUCCAGAGAAGGUUGCGAAAGCAAAGGCAGCAUCACGAAGACGGGUUGUCGACCCGACUACGAAGAACGAGGUGGUAAUUCAAGAUGUAGACGGGGAUUUCGCAGAUGCUAUUGCUCGGCCAAGAAUCACUGUUCCGAAAGCUGCAAUCAACUCUGAGCGUGCCCCACAACCAAAAGAUAUUCCAGGCGUCCCGCCGCCUUACCUACCACAAGGAGAUGGAGAAGACUACAGAACAGUGCUGGACGAUCUCGCUCCUCCUGAGGCAAAUCCAGAUAAAACAGCCGACCUUCUACACCAUUCGAAGAACCACCAAGUUAUCUACCAUCCAGUACCAAUCGCGGACCUCAAGCAAUCAUUCUAUGCACUGGAAGGAACAAUCCUCUACACUACAAUUGCUGCAACAGUUGGACUAGGUGCCUUGAACUGGAUGUUCCUAGGUGGUGGAAUCAAAGGAUUGAUUGGAUCAAUAUUUGCCGGGGUCAUACUAUCUUCAGGAAUUCACCUCUGGCUUCGUGGCAUUCAAGAAAGUGCCAAUGCAGUCAAUUGGGAUGCCGAACGAAAGAGAGCCACUGCAGCUACCGAGUCUUUGGUUCCCGAAUCUGUUGAGUGGAUGAACUCGUUGAUUGGAGUUGUCUGGGGUCUGAUCAAUCCAGAGAUGUUUGCGGCAAUGGCGGACACCCUCGAGGAUGUUAUGCAAGCAUCUGUUCCACCUGCUUUGAUCCAAAAUGUCAAAGUUUCGUCCAUCGGCCUUGGGGAUCAACCUUUCAAAAUCCUCUCUCUACGAUCUUUACCUUCUGCAGACGAAGAAGAGGGGCAUGGAAAGCAAAUGGCCAGUGGCACAGGACUCAGCAAAGAAGAAAUGGAAAAGAAGCAUGAAGAACGUGAGCUGGAGGGAGAAGACGAUCCCAGCAUGAAGUAUUACAAUUUGGAGGCUUCAUUCGCAUACUCUGCCAUUCCAGCAAAAGGAGUUAUUGGCAAAGCCAAGAAUUUGCAUCUCGAAGUCGUCUUUUACCUUGGUGUCCAAGGUCUUUUUGGCGUUCCGCUACCCAUCUUCGUCGAACUCAAUGGCAUCAUCGGUACCGUCCGCCUCCGAUUCCAACUAACACCCAACCCGCCAUUCCUUCGCAACCUUACCUUCACAUUCAUGGGUCUCCCAAAGAUUGAUGCCUCCGCUGUACCUCUCACAUCCAAAGGAAUCAAUGUACUUGAUCUGCCACUAAUAUCUGGAUUCAUUAACUCCUCUAUCGCUGCCGCGCUCGAUAUUUAUGUCGCUCCCAAGUCACUUAUCAUGGACAUGUCUAAAAUUCUGCAAGGGGAUGCUGUGAAAAAAGAAACCGAUGCUAUUGGGUUGAUCUAUGUCAAGCUCAAGCGUGCUGAAGGUAUACCUGCCCAAGACAAAUCCGGCAAGAGUGACCCAUUCAUCACGUUGGCAUUCUCAGAAUUUGGAAAGCCCGUUUACUGCACCAGAAUUAUCGAGCAAGAACUCGAUCCAUCAUGGAACGAGCAAACGUGUUUGCUGGUGUACCAGGAUCAACUGACCUCAGGCGAGAAGCUAUCCGUGGAACUCUGGGAUUCUGAUACUGUCGGAAAAGACGACAAAGUUGGCAACAUCGAGUUUGAUCUCAGAGAUCUGAUCAAGGAGUACGCAAACAAUAUUGUGGAGAGGUGUGAUGAACUCAAAGAUGACAAAGGCGAGACAUUGUCCGGACACCUAUACUGGGAUAUUGGAUAUUUCCCGCGCGCACAAUUUAAGGAGUCCAUGAAGACAGAUGGAAAGGAUGACAGUGUUCCAGCAGAAAUCCGUGAUCGUCCCGAGUUUGCGGAUGACAAGGGAACAGUUACCACUGCACAAGAGGUCGGAGUGACCACAACACCUCCCGAUCCAUCCCUUCCAUCUGGAAUCUGCUCGAUUCUUAUUCAUCAAAUUGAGAAUCUUGAAGUGGAAAGGCCGUCUGGAAGUUUUGGCAGUUACAAACCCUGGACACCCGCACAGAUCACUGGAGAGAAUACAGAUGAGGAAGGCGACGAGCUUCCUUCUUCUUACUGCACAGUCCUUCAAGACGACGAGCUGGUGUUCCGUACUCGCACAAAGGUUCAUGCGUCGAACCCAAUCUUCAAUGCUCAAACGGAACGGUUUGUCCGAGACUGGCGCAAUGCUGUCUUCACAAUCACUUGCCGGAACAGUCUCAAUCGUGAACACGAUCCCAUACUUGGCUGCAUCACAAUAAAGCUGAGCGAGGUUCUUCAUACAUCAUCUCAAGUUACUCGAAUCUUUGCGCUUGACGGCGGAAUGGGAUAUGGCAGAAUUAUGGUCUCGGUACUGUUCAGAUCUGUUGGCUUGCAAUUGCCCAGAAACAUGCUUGGUUGGGAUCUUGGAUCGUUCGAAGUUCUCGGCGACAAAGUGCUGGUCGAGGAUGACAGCAGCGGUCUCCUGUCCAAAUCCCGAAUUGAAGUCCAUACCGAUGUUGGCAAAUCUUCAAUCUCUCGAGGUUGGAUCGAACAAGACUCACGAGGGACUGCCUGGAAUCUGAUGCGAGUCAAGGAAGCGCAUCGAGACAUGCAAAAGCAUCGCAUCAUCGCUCCAGUGAGACGUCGCUACCAAUCUCCCAUCAGAUUGGAAUUCUUCAACAAGGGGUCUCGCAAGGCCGUUGCAUAUGCGAUCUAUUGGCUCACCGAUCUGAUCGACAACAAAGAAACCGCUCUCAGCAUUCCCAUUUACAAAACUCCAAUGCCGAAGCAGAUGACGCAGAAUUACAUUCCCAAUAUCGAGAUGGACAAGAUCAAAGCCGAGAAAGUCGGCACUAUUAAGAUGACAGUCCGCUUCAAGAUGGGAAUGGACGACACGCAUCUCCAAUGGCUCAAGAACAACGACCAACGCGAGACCUACGAGUCCUGGCUCUGCACUGUUGCAGAAGGCUACCGCACCCGCGUCGUCAAGCGCGAAACCCCCGACACCGUCAAGCAGCUCAUUCGUGAAGGCAAAGUCACUGCCGCAGGAACCAGCAUGAAUGGCGACACCAUCUCCGAAUUCGGCACUAUCAAAUCCCGAACCAGCAGCGAUGCGAAAACAGCCAAGUCCCAAGAAUCCGACGCAGAGGACGAGCCCGACCCGGUCAAAGUCCCGCGCGAAGCACCAGGCUACGAGCAAGAAGUGUCCAACUACCACGAGAUGUCGACCGACGAGCAGUGGGCAGGGUUCGGGUCCGAGCUCCAGCAAUACACCUCGGUACCCUCGUCUAUCGUAUCAGAUGAUCGGGAAUCUCUCAAUAUCCAAGAGGAUUUUACCGACUCAGAGAUUGAGGAUGAGGAGUUGAAGAAGCGGCGGCAGAAACAGGAUAAGGUGCAUUCGAAACACGAGCUGCAUCGCAAGCAGAGGGGCAAGAUGAAUAUCAAGGCAGUGAGGCAUAUGAAGUUCCUGAAGGAUGAGGUGAAGGUUGCGGGGCAUAGGUUUAAGGGGAGGUUCAGUAUGAAGGGGAAGGAGCCUGGGAGUAGGUUUUUCUCUUCGUCUUGUGUCGUUGGGGAUUUGGCUAAUGAUUUACAGUUGAAACGGAAUUGUAAUGCGCACUGGAUUGGCAAUUUGGAUGGGGCAAUAACGGGGUUUGGAUGGGCGUUGGUUCGGGGGUGGGGAGUAUGGAAACAAAAUUCGAAUCCGUUAUCAUUUUAUCUCUCGCUCAUACGUGAAGGCAGUCUUCGGCGCUGCUUACAGGGCCUCUUUUUUUGCUGCGACGUUGCACUAUGUCUGGAUGCACCAUUUACUUUUAGCAACAUGUUUUCAUAA